CGGCCCCCCGCCCGGAGCAUGGCCCCCGGCAGCGCGACGGAGCCGGAGCGAGGGUGACCGCCCGCGGGGGACACUGUGCUCUGCCGCUGGCCUCGGAGGACUUUUAUUAUAAUUACCAUCAUUGUUAUUAUUGUUAUUAUUAUUGGGGUUUUAAUUUUUUAAUUCUUUCGCGGGGCAGCGGUUUUUUUUUUCUCCUCCUUCGGCGCGGUGGAAAACACACGUUUUAGACCAAAAUCCCAAACCAGCCCAUCCAUCCUCUUUGCUUUGCGCUUCGCAGCAACUUGGAGCCCGUUAAUUGCACUUGGCGAUGGAUGAGUUCCACCCCUUCAUUGAGGCGCUGCUCCCCCACGUCAGGGCCUUCGCCUACACCUGGUUCAACCUGCAGGCCCGCAAGCGCAAGUACUUCAAGAAGCAUGAGAAGAGGAUGACGAAGGAUGAGGAGAGGGCGGUGAAGGACGAGCUGCUGAGCGAGAAGCCGGAGGUGAAGCAGAAAUGGGCCUCGCGCCUCCUGGCCAAGCUGCGCAAGGACAUCCGGCCCGAGUGCCGCGAGGACUUCGUGCUCUCCAUCACAGGCAAGAAGCCCUCGUGCUGCGUCCUCUCCAACCCCGACCAGAAAGGCAAGAUGCGCCGCAUCGACUGCCUGCGGCAGGCGGACAAGGUGUGGCGGCUGGACCUGGUUAUGGUCAUCCUCUUCAAAGGGAUCCCGCUGGAGAGCACCGACGGCGAGCGCCUGGUCAAGUCGGGCCAGUGCAGCAACCCCAUCCUCUGCGUCCAGCCCCACCACAUCAGCGUCUCCGUCAAGGAGCUCGACCUCUACCUGGCGUACUUCGUCCGUGAGAGAGAUGCAGAGCAGAGCAGCAGCCCCCGGACAGGCAUUGGCUCGGACCAGGAGGACAGCAAACCCAUCACGCUGGAUUCGACAGACUUCCAGGAAAGCUUCGUCACCUCGGGGGUGUUCAGUGUCACCGAGCUCAUCCAGGUGUCCCGGACGCCAGUGGUGACGGGCACGGGGCCAAACUUCUCCCUGGGAGAGCUGCAGGGCCACCUGGCCUAUGACCUGAACCCCUCCAGCACCGGCAUGAGGAGGACACUGCCCAGCACCUCCUCCAGUGGGAGCAAACGGCACAAGUCGGGGUCCAUGGAGGAUGACAUCGACACCAGCCCUGGGGGCGAGUACUACACCUCCUCCAACUCCCCCACCAGCAGCAGCCGCAACUGGACAGAAGACAUGGAAGGGGGCAUCUCCCCAACCGUGAAGAAGACAGAGAUGGACAAGUCCCCCUUCAACAGCCCAUCGCCCCAGGACUCCUCGCCCCGGCUGAGCAGCUUCACGCAGCACCACCGUCCCGUCAUCGCUGUGCACAGUGGUAUCGCCCGAAGCCCGCACCCAUCGUCUGCGCUGCAUUUCCCCACCACCUCCAUCCUUCCCCAGACGGCCUCCACCUACUUCCCGCACACGGCCAUCCGGUAUCCGCCUCAUCUCAACCCGCAGGACCCGCUCAAAGACCUUGUCUCGCUGGCCUGCGACCCGUCCAACCAGCAGCCCGGACCGUUAAAUGGAAGUGGUCAAGUGAAAGUGCCCAGCCACUACCUGCCCACGCAGAUGCUGGCGCCGCCACCUCCCCCCGGCAUGCCCCGCUUGGCCGUCUCUCCUGACACCAAAUCCACCACGACAACUUCCGAGGGAGGGACGACCUCGCCGACAUCACCCACCUACUCUGCACCAGGCACGCCCCCUGCGAACCGUUCCUUCGUGGGAUUAGGACCAAGGGAUCCUGGGAGUAUCUAUCAGGCACAGUCCUGGUACCUGGGAUAACCGCCGCCGUGCCGCCCCUUCGCCUCCCUUCUCCUCUGCUUUAGGCACCCCCAGAGGAACAUCCCCGUCCCCGAGCACCAGGCCCAGCCUUGCGGUGACGACGGAGAGCGCGGCCUCACGACGACGACGACGACGACGACAAGCAAAACCCACACCC